AUGGUCGCGGGGUCUGGGCUGUGUGUCUUGGUUGCAGCCCACUUGAUCAUGGUCCAUGUCGUCGACAAUUCACACUACACCACCUACAACAGGACGACACUACUGUAUCCUCCAUCUCCCAUGCAAGUCCGAGAACUGGCCACCUGGACAGCAGACAGCAACAACAACAACACCACCAACAACAGCAACAGUUGGUCAGGCAUUGCUUCAACAACAGCAACUCUGGAUGUGUCACCAAUGGACGUGCUGGUCCUUGAUCAAUCAAUCAAGGUCACAGCUGAGACUGAUAAAGUAUUUCAGAGCAUCCCCUUCACCACCACCGCCACUACAAUAACAACAUCGUCAACAAUUCAUCCCGAACCUGUGUCGAGCGACAUUCAUUCGGAUCAGAUCCAAGCAGGAGCAUCAGAGGCAACAAACACAUCAACCACGGCAUCGAUAGCAGUAGCUGCAAGAGAAGAAUCGGCAACGACAGCUCCAACUGGGACUGCGACAGUUCCAACUCCAGCAGGGCCGAAAACAGGGAGCGAGAGCACGGAUUCUCUUUCACCGCUCGUCUAUCUCGAAUCUCGGAAUUAUCCCAGCCCAGGAUACCACCAAGCAGGCAUCCAUCUCCUACUUUUCCUCGCUGCUCAGACAGCGCUGCUGGUGCUAUUGACAACUCUGUUCCUCGGCGUGUUGAUCAUGACCGAGUUUGUACUGGACAGGGAGGACGAGAACGAGGAUGUAACUAAGGCGCGGUGGUACUUUUGGGGACGAGUUCUCGGAGUCAUCACAGCAACGGUUGCUAGCGCGGUCCAUGGGUCGUUCUUGAGCGCGUAUGUUCUUCUGGAUGGCCAGUCGGAUUGCGUAGCGAAGGCCGUCGUCGGGAGCAUUCUCUUUUACUGGAUUGGAAUGAUCGCGGUGAUGAACCGAACCACAGGUCCCUUGCCCUAUUAG